AUGGGUUCCCUUGUCUCUCCUUCUGAUACUCCUCUAGUUGAGCUUUUAUUUCUUGGAACAGGCACUUCCUCCUCGAUCCCUCACUUGGACUGUCUGACUGCUCCGCCCAAUAGAAAGCCCUGUUUGACCUGCCUCUCUACCCUAACUCCAGAGGGAAAGAAGAAUAUCAGGCGGAAUACAUCCGCGGCUCUCCGCAUAUCAGGCAAGGACGGCAAGACAACAACCGUGGUCAUCGAUGUAGGCAAAAACUUUCAAGCUGCGGCGGUGGAAUGGUUCCCAAAAUAUGGAUUGAGGGAGAUUGAUGCUGUUAUCAUCACCCAUGCACAUGCUGAUGCCAUGAACGGUUUGGAUGAUCUCCGAGGAUGGACGCUCGGAGGUGCCGUACAAACUCACAUCGAUAUCUAUGUUUCCCAGUCCACGUUUCACGAAGUCCAAAGAUCUUUCCCUUAUUUGGUCUCGAGAGAAUUCGCAUCUGGGGGAGGUGAUGUGCCGGAUUUUGAAUGGCACAUCAUAGAAGAAAAAGUCCCGUUUGAAAUCAAGGACACGGGUGUCCAGAUUACCCCAUUCAUAGUUCAUCAUGGCAGGUUAUUUACCACGAAUCCUCCGCCAGCCUUUUCACCGACACCAUGCGCAAUUCAGCCAAUAACUCCCAACUUGUCAGGAAGGUCAACCCCCGUAAGACCCUUGUCAGGUACCUGCUGCAGCAAUGCGGCGCCCAAGAUUAAUCCGUACUUGUGCUUUGGGUUUUUGAUUCAAGACAGCAUCAUCUACAUUUCUGACGUAUCUUUGAUACCCGAUGAUACUUGGGAUCUCCUAGAGUCAGCCAAACGACCGAUGCCAGUGUUGGUACUCGACUGCUUGCGACUGAGGUCCCACAUGUCACAUAUGGGUGUUCGGGAAGCAGUAGAUACGGUGCGAAGGUUGAAUCCCAGCCGAACCUAUUUGACUGGAUUCAGUCAUGACAUCUCUCAUGAUGAAUAUGUAACCAUUGGCAAGGCUGCGGGGGAAGACGGGCCCAACUUAGAUACGACUCACAUGAGCGUCAUGGAGCGUCGGGGAACGGAAAUGAUUCGAGAAGGGAAGCCUGUGUGGAUUCGGCCAGCCCAUGAUGGAUUGAGGGUAUUUGUAUCUAGUGAUGAUUUAGUCAUUGACGAGACAUACGACUGA